AUGUCAGCAGAGCUCAUCUGCUUCUUCCUCUGUGCUCUGAGUGCACCAAAUCUCUCAGGAGGAGAUGCUUUGUUGCCAGCACCUCAGAGUAUCUCCAUCCUUUCUACCAACAUGAAACACUUCUUAACUUGGAGUCCUGUGAUCAUCCAGGGAGCAACUGUGAGAUACUCAGUUGAGUUUCAGGGGGAAUACGAGCGGGAAUACGCCGACGGCAGCUGGAUCCCCAUCCCCGAGUGCAGCCUCACCACAGCCACGCUCUGCAACAUCACCCAGGACAUCUCAGCCAGCGUGGCCUACAAGCUGCGGGUCAGGGCAGAGCUGGGGGCCAGCAGGUCCCCGUGGGCCACCACGGAAGGCUUCUUCAACCGCGCCACCACUUCCCUGACCCCACCCACGCUGAGGCUCCUGGCAGAUGGGCACCAUUUACUGGUGGAGCUGGCAGACAUGGGACCCUCCUUCCAGUUCCGUGUGCUCUACUGGAGGAAGGGCCAGGAGAGCAGGGUGCAGCAGAAGGUGCUGGAGGAGGUGAGCUCCGUGGUUCACCUGGACACCAUGGAGGCAGGAGCCGAGUACUGUGUGAAGGCUCAGGCUCACGUCGAGGCCAUCAACAGGAGCAGCAGCUUCAGCCCCACACAGUGUGUGAGGGCACAGGGUGACACAUCCAUGUGGCUGGUCACUGCCCUCAUCUCCUCUGCUGGCUUUGCUGUGGCAGCCUUAACCCUGCUCUUCCUCACCUGGAAAAUAAGUAAAAUCUUCCAGUAUUCCUUCUGCCCCACUGCUGUCCUGCCAGACACACUGAAAGAAUCAGAGCCCCCCACCCAGCUGAUCCUGCGGGGCAGUGAAGAAGCUGAACAAUGUGACCUGAUGGUGGUUGUGGUGCCCUCAGAAGAAGUUCUCCAGCUCUGGAUUCAAAAAGCACUUUAG